GCAAACCAGAUCUCGGAUAGGUUGCCCACAAGAUCCGCGUACCCGGUGGUCACAAGAGUUCUCUGGUGUAUGUGUGUGUGUUUGAGUGUGUUCUUUUUGUUUUGUCUUCUUUCUUUCGCGGAGAGCAUAGGGGAGCAUCUCAAGAUUACCGCCCGCAGUGUGUUUGGAUGCGGUGCGAGUGCAUGUGUACGGUGCGGACGCCGCUGUGGUUGUGAGAUUAGAAGAUACGGUGCGGCGUAGAACCAAACGGCAUCGCCGCUCAUUCUUGACCAGUUCGUGUGCCGCUGCUGUUAAUCAACAUGUGUUGGCCGUGAACGGCGGUAACCAGUCUCGCGCUCGGGGUUUGCUAGUGAAAAACCCGUACACACCUUAAAACAGUGGUAUUGACCCUACGGCCACGGUUCAGUCCACGUCAGCGGAAGGAUAAGAAAGCGGAUAGGCCAGUGACUGGAAAAACUUGGCAAUCCUGUCCUCGCCUCACGCCUGUGCUACAGUGUAUUUCACUAGUUUUUAUUGUUUGACGAUUUCUGAGUGUACGUGUGUGUAUGUGUGUAUGUGUGUUUGGUGCGAAAACGGAAGUGAACAUUUUUCCAUUUGAUCGAAAUAGUUUGUCCCGUCCUGUGCUUUGGACAUAGCCGCUACAUCUGGGCAUUACGUUAUACACGCACGCACUUGCUCUAUUUGAUCAAAAUGCGUUCGCACUACAGCGCCGGCUGGACGCUGGCGUUGGUGCUGCUCGUCAGCUCACUGCUCGCGGUCAGUGCCGCCAACAAUCGAGGCCAACCGGCGAAACCGACGGCAGCCGAUCAGCAGGCGAACCGGCUGCAUGCACCGACCGCCAACACGAAGAAGGUGUCGGACAGUGUCACUAACCUGGCCGCCAAGAUUGCCAACGCGCUGUCGAACCAGAAAAGCAAAACGGAAAUCUUUUCCCCCGUCAGCAUUGCGGGCGCCCUUUCGCUGCUGCUGCUCGGAUCGGGCGGCCAAACGCAACAGGAGCUGCUGGCGGUGAUGGGCUUGAACACAGGGCAGCUCUCGUUCCAGGAUAUACACCUGAGCUUCGGCCGGCUGUUCCAGGACCUGGUGUCGAACGAUCCGAGCCUGGAGCCGCUAGUGACCUGGCGUCUCAACGACAAGUGCAAUCGAUACAACGAGGACGAAGAAGACGAGGAGGACGAUUUCAUCAACUCUCAGUCGCCAAGCAAUGACCAGCAGCCAACGAAUCGCGAUCGGAAAGCGCACGAAAUUACGCUCGCCAACGGUAUCUUUGUCCAGCGCAACAUCCCGCUGAGCGACACGUACCGGAACCAAUCGAUGACGUACUACAGCUCCGAGGUGCAGUCGCUCGACUUUGAGCUCGACACGUCCGGCUCGACGAGGCUGAUCAAUCAGUGGGUGAGCGACAAGACGCACGGGAAGAUUCCCAACAUCUUGCCGUCGGCCCUGCCGGCCAGCACGACCAUGGUGCUGGCGAGCGCCCUGUACUUCAAGGCCCUGUGGGCGGAAUCGUUCAUCGAUGGGGCGACCAAGCCGCGCGAAUUUUAUCCCGAUGGCAAGGGCCAACCGCCCGUCAUGGUGGACAUGAUGGCGCACGGUGGCUGCUUCCCGUAUUACGAGUCGGUCGAGCUGGACGCACGCAUCAUCGGGAUACCGUACAAGCACAACGUCAGCACGAUGUACGUAAUCAUGCCGAACAACUCGAACCGGGCCAAGCUGCAGCAGCUCAUCCCGAAGCUGACCAGUGCAGUAGUGAAGGACCUGAUCGAGAACAUGGCGAUCAAAACCUCGAUCAUACUGUUUCCAAAGAUGCACAUCAGCAACACGAUGGAUCUGAAGCGGGUACUGCAGCAGCUCGGCGUCUCCUCCCUGUUCCAAGCGGAAAGAAGCAACCUGUCGCCCAUGCUGAACGAGGAGUCGCAACCGGAUACCUUCAUUAACCGGGUGCAAGCACCAACAACACCAGCGAAGUGGCGCCCGACUGCGAACAUUGCCGACUACGAAAACAGACCAACGUCGACCAGGCCCGGCAACAAUUUGAAUGACGUGUUGAUAUUUUCACGCUUCCAAAACGAAACGAUGGACCAGACCACGGAUGUACCGGAGGCUGCAGACACGACCGAGCCACUAACGAUCGAAACUACCUCGCAGUCGUUCGUUCCACUGACGAACCGACCAUCCGGCCGGGUUGGGCGGACGAAGCGCGACGUUAGCUACAAGGUACCGAGCAGCAAGCAGGCGGCAACGGCCGUGGGUCCACUGAGCAGCAAGGACUUUAUCCUGCACAAGCGCAUCGUGAAGGAGAACGGCCCGGUAGGCAAGAAGGGCCUGCGAAGGCGCAGCAAACGCGCGGCCCAACAGCUGUACGUGAGCAACGCGGUCCACCAGGUCGAUCUGGACGUGAACGAAACGGGCACGGAGGGUGGGGCGGCCACAAUCGUGACGCUCAACCGUUCCGGAACCAGCGUGGUGUUCCGGGCGGAGGCUCCCUUCCUGCUGCUGAUUCGUAACGAUCAAACCAAUUUGCCGCUCUUCUACGGUCCCGUGUACCACCCAUCUAGCUAUCAGCAGCAGGUGGAUCUUCUCAUCCAGAUCGGCAACGGUAUCUUCUCCCAGAAGGGCACAAAGUUCGAUGAGCGCUACGACAAGCUGGCCAAAGAUCUGUACCAAAGCGAACUGAAGCCGCUAGACUUUGUCGGCGAUGAGACGGGUUCGGUGCGGUACAUCAACAGCUGGGUGCACAACCAGACGCAUGGCCGGAUCGCGGACAUUGUGUCGCACAUCAGUGCCGACACGAUCCUGAUGAUAGUGAACACGCUGUACUUCCGCGGCCUGUGGGAGGAAGCCUUCCAACCGAUGGCCACCCGCAAUCGACGCUUCUUCCCGAACGGACCCGACGGGCCGGACUCGUUCGACAUUCCGAUGAUGGCCAAAAGCCAUUGCAUGCCGUACUAUUUCUGGCAGGAGGAGAACGUGCGCGUGCUCGGUGUGCCGUACCGUCAGAACGUCACCAUGUACAUCUUCAUGCCGAUGAACUCGACCCGCCAGCUGGUACAAUCGAUGCAGUCGAAAAUUACCGCCGAACGUGUCAACGAUAUCGUCACGAAGAUGAAGAUGAAGUCGGUCACGGUAAUGUUUCCCAAGAUGCACAUUUCCAACUCAAUCAGCUUGAAAAAUGUGCUGCAGCAGCUCGGCGUGUACACGCUGUUCGAACGGAACGAAGCCGAUCUAAAACGUUUGCUGGCUUCGAAUACUACGGACCGGUUCGGAGGCGACCCACUGGAUUUAUUGGAAGUGCUGCAGGACACGAAGGAAAACGCUAUACUCCUGCUGCAACAGCAGAUCCCAGAUUGCAUCAUAGAGGAACGGUCCAAUAUCGAUCGGGGCGAGUGUCUGAAGGAUCACUGCGCAUAUGGUGGUAAAACGUGCGUGUGCUGUAUCGAAUCAUUCCGGCGACGGCGACGUCGAGAUGCAUUUACUCCGUCGAAGGAUGACCCGAUCUUUGUCAACGAGAUGUUGCACAAAGUAGACUUGACGGUAAACGAGCGCGGCACGGAGGGCGGUGCUGCGACCGCAACCCUUAUCGAUCGUAUCUCGUCCCAGAUUAACUUCAUCGUGAACGGACCAUUCAUGAUGUUGAUUCGAGAAGAAACGACCAGACUGCCCUUGUUCUACGGAAACAUUUACAAUCCGAAAUGAGCGCUUUGUUAGAAUGAGCGAAAUUGUGUUAGAAUAGACCGCAUGAUUCUGAUUUCUGCGAAUUCGACAAGACCUCAUACUAAUGCAGACAAACAGUUUGAAUAAACUUUACAGAAGUAGCACAUUCCAUAGUGACAUGACACGCAUGUUAGUUCGAGCAGUGUUUUUGCGCAUACAAUAAAGAUCAUAUUUAGCAGGCGUU